UUGGAAUGUCAUUAUGUGCGCUUCACUUAACGUUCGCAAAACCUCUUUAUAACUGUACUAGUAAGAAACGAAUACUGGUUGUACUUUGUCACUGAAUAAAGACCAGUUCAAAAAUUUCGUGUCCUGUGAUGACAUGGUCUUUAAAAUUAAAACAUGGUCCAACGGCGGAUUACAGUUAUCACAAUUAUUGCAAUGAUAAAUAUUCUAAAAAUAUUGGGAAAAAAUCAAAAUUCAGAAAUGGCCAAUAUUCUUCAUCGACCAAUUAGAUCUUUGACGUUUCCCUCCACGAGUACAAUGGGUAUAUUUUUUGCAUUAGCUGUACCAUUAGAAGCUCCACAAAAUUCAAUUUCGAUGUCUUACUUUUUCGAAGCCACUUACGGUCUUCCAAACAACCUAACUGAUUUUGGUUCUGUAAGUAAGUCCUAUUCUCAGAGGAAGAAAAGGAGCAUCGACAGGAAAACCAUUUAUGAACUCAUAGAAAAUAAAUUUACAAGUUCUGGAUUUUCCGGAAGAGGAUGUCUAUUGAGGUCAAUCUGUGAAACAUCUGAGCAGUCACUACGACACAAUGGAGUCUUAGGAGAUGUAUUUCAUGUUCUUUUCACCACUGGUUGGCAAAAAGGAAGAGAAUGCCUUUUAAGAACAAUUUGUGAGCUUGCCGAGACCCCCUUAGCAAGAAGUAGUCAGGACAUUGUUGAGGACAUUAUUCAUUUGCUUCUUACGCCUUCCGAAGACUUACCGAGGACUGGUUAUUCGAAUAAAUGGAGCGUCAACAAACUAUAUCAUGAAGCUGAACGAUUAGGAAAGUCUGGAGGUGACUGCAUUCUCACUUACCCGAAUUGCAUUGAAUCACCGUUGGAGUCAUUUACGCAAAUUGUAUUUCCUUAAGGAUUUUCCCCUCUCAUUAAUUUUCUUAACAAAAAAUUAAAAGACAACACCCCAUUAAAAGGAUUUAUUGGUAAAAUUUAGAAAUAAAAAAUUAUACACGAAGAGAAAAGUUGCAGUUAAUUUGACGGAACACGUUUAGUAAAGAAAUAUACUUCGCUAAUAGUGGUGACAACUGAAUGUUUAGUAUAACAUACUAUACCACCUUUCUUUUUAGUAAAAUAUACUGAAUUCAGUUUUUAAAAAAACUGACACUACAUUUUCAAAAAAAAAUUAUGACUAAGUUAUGGAAUUAAGAACAACUCCUGUAAGUUUCGUAAUGGGCCAACAUAAACUUUACGAGAACAAAAAAAAUUGUUCUGCGCGGCAUGUCUGGCGCAGCGCAAGCGAUCUGGUGCCGCACAUUUGCAAAAAAGUGUACAUUUUCGUUUUAAAUCACUCUACAGGUCACAAUGUUUUAUCAAAAUGAUUAUUAUUUUUUUCAUAUCUUCAUAAUUAAAUUCUUUACCGA